UGACUGAAAAACAUACACAUGAAUGUUGUUGUUGCUGCUGUUUCUCAUUCUUCCAACUAAACUUGCGUUUUCCAUUUGCAUGAAUUAAAAACCCACAAACCUUUUCAGAGAAAUAACGACUCCUUUCAUUUUGAUCCAAUCGGGGGAAAUGCUUCUCUCCUCUUCUUGAUUUCGUGCUGACUGCUCAGCUUUCGGCGGCGGAGGAAUAUGCGCCGCCGAGCUGCCGCCGAGUUCCGGCGCCGUGUUCGGCGGAGGUUUUCUUAUUGGAUCUGGUUUCUCCUCGCCGCCUUCUCUCUUGCGGCUUUGCUUUUGUUCGUAGUGCAGCACAAUCAUCGCCAAGAUCAGUUUCAGCUUCCGCUAACGGAGAAGAAUGCCAGAGGUGAACUUGCAAAAGAGAGUAUGAAUUUUUCCAAUGAAAUUUUAAGUGCAACAUCCUUUUCACGACAGUUAGCAGAGCAAAUGGUUCUGGCCAAGGCAUAUGUGGUCAUUGCCAAAGCACACAAUAAUCAUCAUUUUGCCUGGCAGCUUAGUUCAAAGAUUAGAAUUUGCCAGCUUUUGCUUUCAAAAGCUGCCAUGACUGGGGAGCCCAUUACCUUGGACGAAGCUGAGCCAAUUAUUAAAAGCCUCUCUUCCCUGAUUUUCAAGGCACAAGAUGUCCAUUAUGACAUUGCUACCACUAUAGUAACAAUGAAGUCGCACAUUCAAGCUCUCGAAGAACGUGCCAAUGCUGUAACAGUUCAAAGCACAGUGUUUGCUCAAAUGUCAGCCGAAGCACUGCCAAAGAGUCUUCAUUGCCUAAAUGUGAAACUUAUGACUGAUUGGCUAAGGACAUUGUCCCUGCAAAAACACUCAAACGAGUGGAAAACUUCUCGUCUCAAGGACAACAGUUUAUAUCAUUUCUGCAUUUUUUCAGAUAAUGUGCUCGCAACAUCAGUUGUUGUUAACUCUACAGUUGUCAAUGCAGACCACCCAAAACAAUUGAUCUUUCACAUUGUCACCAAUGAUGUCAAUUAUGGAGCAAUGCAAGCAUGGUUCCUUAGUAAUGACUUUAAAGGGGCCAUCAUAGAGGUGCAGAAUUUUGAGGACUUUCAUUGGUUGAAUGAAAAUUAUUCUCCGAUUAUCAAACAGCUACACAAUCCAGAAUCUCAAGCCUUCUAUUUUGGAGCUUAUCAAGAUGUGAAUGUCGAAUCAAAAGUUCGGAACCCCAAGUAUUUGUCUGUACUUAAUCAUCUUCGGUUUUACAUCCCUGAGAUUUAUCCACAACUUGAGAAGGUUGUUUUCCUUGACGAUGAUGUCGUCGUCCAGAAGGACCUCACCAUACUUUUCUCACUGGAUUUGCAUGGAAAUGUGAAUGGUGCAGUUGAAACUUGUCUUGAAGCGUUUCAUCGGUACUACAAGUAUCUAAACUUCUCAAAUUCAAUUAUAAGCUCAAAGUUCGAUCCACAGGCAUGUGGAUGGGCAUUUGGCAUGAACAUUUUUGACUUGGUUGCAUGGAGGAAAGCAGAUGUGACAGCAAGAUAUCACUAUUGGCUGGAGCAAAAUGCCAAUGGCACACUCUGGAAGCUUGGCACGCUUCCUCCAGCUCUUCUAAGUUUCUAUGGUUUGACAGAACCACUUGAUAGAAGAUGGCAUGUUUUAGGAUUGGGUUAUGACUUAAAUAUUGACAACCGUCUAAUUGAAAGCGCGGCAGUUAUCCACUUCAAUGGGAACAUGAAGCCAUGGCUGAAGCUAGCUAUAGGCAGGUAUAAGCCACUGUGGCUGCUUCUUGAUUGCUUAUGGCUUAUGCAACCUCAGAUUACUUUUGAACUAUUUAUUGAUCUUUGA